UCAUUCACUACCUUAGCUUCACGCCCUUAAGUAAGUCAUCAAGAGUUUUAGUAGGAUAAGUUUCACAAUGCCAUCUAUGCCUUGGCUGGAUGGGUUUUUGAACCUCUAGGACUCUAUUUUGGAUUUGGGUACACUGGAAUUUGUGUUGAAUCCUAUUGGAAAUUGGAAAUGGGAGGUCAAGAAAAAUGGUUGUGGUUAAAUCAGCCAAGAUACUGAUUUUCAAGGGACAAGUGUAAAAAGAGCGUUUUUUUAAUUUUGAAAGGGAAGAGACUGAAGAACUGAUUACUGUAGGUACAAAUUGUUUAGUUAUUUACUACUAAAAUGAGAAACUGGCACUAAUUACUAGGUUUGUAAACUGUUCAGUAUUUACUUGCACAUCAUUCCCCUUGCAACUGUUCACUCGCAUGCAUGACCCAAUCUUCAGAAAUUGCUAUAUGUCAAUUUCACAUGCAGCCAUAGUUUCUCAUUUCACCAAAACCAGUGACUUGUUUCUAUAGUCAUUCUACUUUGCAACAUCAACCUAUUACCAUUUGUCUGCCUUGUGUAUCACGCUUAUUGUGUAUCUCCUGUUCAAUUGACCUGUUUCCAGAUAUCUAGUUAUACCAUCUGAUCAUCUUUUCACCACUCUAGCAAUUUUAGAGUUAUUUAUUAUGUUUGGUAUUAUAUCAUCUUCCAUUAUUAUGCUAGUUAUCUCAAGCUCUUUCAAGUCAUCCAUCAAUCAGGAAAAUAUCUGAAACCAUGACAUGCUAUUCAGGGAAUUUCUUCAUCAAUAUUUGUUCAGUCUGGAUAAACUUAUCAAUAAUCACUUAUAGGAGAAGGAAACACAAAGGAGAGAAAUGCAAGAGUUGAACAUUUUGCUAAGGAGGGUUUCAAUUUUACUGAAGAGAUUUUAAGUGUAACAUCAUUUUCGCGACAGUUAGCAGAACAAAUGAUUCUGGCCAAGGUUUAUGUGGUUAUUGCCAAAGAACACAACAAUCUUCACCUUGCCUGGCAGCUUAGCUCAAAGAUCAGAAGUUGUCAGCUUUUGCUUUCAAAAGCUGCCAUGACUGGUGAGCCUGUCACAUUGGAGGAAGCAGAGCCAAUUAUUAAAAGCCUUUCUUUUCUAAUGUUUAAGGCACAAGAUAUCCAUUAUGACAUUGCAACCACAAUAGUGACUAUGAAAUCGCACAUUCAAGCUCUUGAAGAGCGUGCCAAUGCAGCAAUAGUUCAAAGCACUGUGUUUGGUCAAAUAGCAGCGGAAGCAGUACCUAAGAGUCUUCAUUGUCUAAAUGUGAAACUCAUGUCUGAUUGGCUAAAGAUGCCAUCCCUGCAAGAAUUCUCAGAUGAGAGGAAAAACUCCCCACGGCUUGUGGACAACAAUCUAUAUCAUUUCUGCAUAUUUUCAGAUAAUGUUCUGGCAACAUCUGUAGUUGUAAACUCAACUGUCUCCAAUGCGGAUCAUCCUAAGCAAUUAGUCUUUCACAUUGUCACUAAUGGAAUCAAUUAUGGAGCAAUGCAAGCAUGGUUCCUAAAUAAUGACUUUAAAGGAGCCACCAUAGAGGUACAAAACAUUGAGGAGUUUCAUUGGUUGAACGCAUCUUAUUCUCCUCUUUACAAGCAGCUCCUCAAUCCUGAUUCACAAACCUUCUACUUUGGAGCAUAUCAAGAUUUAAAUGAUGAACCCAAAAUGCGGAAUCCCAAGUAUUUGUCUUUACUGAAUCAUCUCCGGUUUUACAUCCCUGAGAUUUAUCCGCAACUUGAGAAGGUUGUCUUCCUGGAUGAUGACCUUGUUGUCCAGAAGGAUCUGACCCCUCUUUUCUCUCUGGAUUUGCAUGGGAAUGUGAAUGGUGCAGUUGAAACUUGUCUGGAAGCAUUUCAUCGUUACUACAAGUAUCUCAACUUCUCAAACUCAAUUAUUAGCUCGAGGUUUGAUCCGCAGGCAUGUGCUUGGGCAUUUGGUAUGAACAUUUUUGACUUGGUUGCAUGGCGGAAGGCAAACGUGACCACAAGAUAUCACUAUUGGCAAGAGCAGAAUGCUGAUGGGACUCUCUGGAAGCUGGGGACACUUCCUCCUGCUCUUCUUUGUUUUUAUGGUUUGACAGAGCCACUUGACAGAAGAUGGCAUGUUUUAGGAUUGGGUUAUGACCUAAAUAUUGACAACCGCCUCAUUGAAAGUGCAGCAGUUAUUCACUUCAAUGGGAACAUGAAGCCAUGGUUGAAGUUAGCUAUAGGAAGGUAUAAGCCACUAUGGGACAAGUACGUAAAUCAAAGUCACCCUCAUCUUCAAGGUUGUGUCACAAGUUGAAAUGCACUACUUCUCGAUAUCUGAUGGAUUAUGCAAUCUCAGAUUAUUUUAUAUUCUUGAUCUGUGGUUGCCUUAAUGUAGAGUCAGAAGUAGAAAAUUUUGACUUUGCUAGGAAUAUUUUUUCACCCCUUCUCUUUCCUUUUCCCCAAUUUUUCUUUUGAAUUAGUCUUGAAAGAGAACAGAAUGAUUUCUUAUACACUACAAAGUUGAUAUGCGUUAGGUGAAGAGAUGUGGGAGAAUCCAUUUUUGGCCGGUGGGGCUAUCUUUUCCCCUUCUGCAAGUGGUAGAAUGAUUGUUCUUUAGUAAUUCUUGUAAUAAUUUAUCAGCUCUUUCAAAUAGCAAUGUAAUCGAAUGAAAAACAUUUUUUCACCUUCUCUCUCA